UAUUUCCGCAGUAGAAGAAGACGAAACCGGAAGUUGUGACACACUGGGCGCCAUUCUUCAAAACAUUCGUCGACACACCGAAGUACAAUUUUCGCUACAAUGCCUCUUUCCACCCAGUCUCAGGCCGAUGAUGAACAAUAUGUUUUAAUAGCCAGUUUGGAUAAUGCCCGCCAUCUCUCCAACAUACUGAAGGCCAUCACCUUUAAAGACCAUGCCAUCUUCACCGCCACACCUAAUGGCCUGAAAGUCACUGUGGAGGACUCCAAAUGUUUGCAAGCCAAUGCCUUCAUCCAGGCUGAGAUCUUCCAAGAGUACACUAUAAAGGAAGAUUUGGGUUUUCAGAUCAACCUCACUGUUCUGCUGGACUGCCUCAAUAUCUUUGGAGGGAGCACAGUACCAGGAGUAUCAACAGCUUUGCGGAUGUGCUACAGAGGGUACGGCUACCCUCUGACGCUGUUUCUGGAAGAGGCUGGUGUGGUGACCGUUUGCAAGAUUAACACACAAGAACCAGAUGAACCAAUUGACUUUGAGUUCUGCAGCAACAAUGUCACAAACAAGGUGAUCCUACAGUCAGAGAGCCUGAAGGACGCCUUCUCUGAGCUGGACAUGACCAGCGAGGUGCUACAGAUCACCAUGUCCCCCAGUCAGCCAUACUUCAGGUUGUCUACGUUUGGAAACUCUGGAAAUGCCCAUUAUGACUAUUCAAAAGACUCAGACAUGAUGGAACUGUUCCGGUGCACCAAGACACAAACCAACAAAUACAAGAUGUCUCUACUGAAACCAUCCACUAAAGCCUUGGCAUUAUCUUGCAAAGUCUCCGUAAGGACAGACAGCAGGGGUUUCCUCUCUCUGCAGUACCUUGUCAGAAACGAUGAUGGACAGAUCUGCUUCGUAGAAUAUUACUGCUGUCCUGAUGAGGAGGUGGAGGACGACUGAAGACAGGCAGUGAGAUUGGACUUUAAAUAAGCACCUUAACUUCAGUGAUUUCGCAAUAACAAGAAGACAAACUCUGCCAGAGGCACAGUGGUACCAGUGGAUGGAAGCUGAAGAAAAACAGCUGGACUUGUGGGUAAGAUGGACACAGUGGUAGCGGUUUUUGCAGAAUCAACUGGUUGGUUAUUUUCCAAGAUAAUGCAACGUUUUUGAUCUUGUGCAUUUGUGUGAAGUUAAGCUACUAUCAGGCUUCUGAAUUUCUUAGUUUCAUUAACUUGGAUAUGGAAAAUGUCUGCAGGGUUACAGUUGUUUGUUACUAUGGAUACCUGGUUAUUUUAAGUCAAUAUAUGAAAAGUUUUCAGUGACUUAAACUACAGAGUUAACAGCGUAAUUGGCCAUGAUUUCUCUCUUCAGUGCAUUUUUAGUCAUCUUUUUGAGACCUGCAGUGAGCUGAUUGACAGCAGAUAAAUAAGACAUAACACACUAAUACAGUUUACUCAAGGUGUCUAGUAAAGCUUGUUUGCAGUGUGUCUCCACUCCACAGUCCUUCAUGUUGGAAAAGUAUGCUGACACCUUUCAGCGCCGUUUGUUUGGAGCAUAUAUCACAUGAUACUGACACCAAGUUCAAGUUGUUUUAUUUCCAUGGCAUAGAAAACAACUGUACACACUAAAAUUCAAUAAAGAAGUUUUUUU